CUAAAAAUAGGUAAACUAAUUAGUUCAUAUAAUUGCGCUGUUUAUCAGAAGUUCCGAAAAUAGCAUGCAUUUGAGAUAGUCGACUAAUGCUAUUAGGAUAGGAUAACUCAUGAUAUGUUCUCAAAUCUACUAUAUCUAAUUAGUCAGGUCUUAUAGGCUAUGUACUCGGGUUACGGGUCAAUUGAGUUGCGGUUUAGUCGGGUUGCGGGUCAAUCGGGUUAUGAGUCGGGCUGGUUUCGAAUUAUUGACUUUUAGUCAAAUCAGAUUGCGGUCGGGUUACAAAUUGAGUUGACCGGAUGGGUUACUCGGGUCGGUUUGAUUUUGACAGCUCUAGGGUCGAGGUACUCUGUGGGUUUUAUUUUAAGUUUUUAACCAAAUUCAGGGAAAGCGUAAAAUUGCAUGGGUACCCCCCCCCCCCCCCUUUGAGAAAUUGGGUUGAGCCAGACCCCAGUCUUGGGCUCCGUAUAAUAUGGCCUUCCUCUGAUUAACCUAUGUCAGGAUAUCUGUUCUUGGGCCUACACCUCAAAAGUCUAUAUCACAAAAUCUGGUUUAGCCAGCCCAUGGACUUGUUUCUUCGUCUCCGAAACUCAUCAUUUCACCAGACAAUUGUACUGAAAAGAUCUCCACUGGUCACCGGAUGAUGGAUACGGAAGGCGAGCACAACAGCAACAACAAGGCCAUAACUCCAUAAGCACCGAAUUGUUAGCCUUUGCUCGCAGCUUUUCUGUUCGUCAUUAGCCUCGCACCUUAUCCCCCAUUCCCCAGCCUGCGUCCCAAAACCCAAAACUUCCACUUCUCCCCAUCCCAUCAAUGGAACUCUCCCCUUCCCUCACCUCUCCCCUCCCCAGAUCAUCCGAAAUCUGCUUCUCUCAUUCCCUCUCGCCAUUCCCACUCCAAUUUCACUUACCCACUAAAAAAUUAUCUUCCCAGAAGGCCACCCGCGUCUUCGCCGUAGCACUAGAGUCACAGGAGCUCCCGCAGAACAGCCCCCAGCGGCUUCUCAAAGAGCUUCAAGAGCGGAAGAAAUUCACUUCCCCGAAGAAGAAACUCCCGCCUAAGCGUUUCAUCCUAAAACCCCCGCUCGACGACAAGAAGCUCGCCGAGAGGUUCCUCAACAGCCCUCAAUUGUCCCUGAAGCAGUUCCCUCUGCUGAGCUCUUGCCUGCCUUCUUCCCGUUUGAACAAUGCCGACAGGACUUGGAUGGACGAGUACCUGCUGGAGGCCAAGCAGGCUUUAGGGUACCCUUUGGAGCCGUCGGAAGGGCUCGCUGAUGAUAACCCAGCGAAGCAAUUUGAUACUCUGCUGUAUUUGGCUUUCCAGCAUCCCAGCUGCGAGAGGACGAAUGCCAGGCAUGUGAGGUCAGGGCAUUCCAGGCUGUGGUUCUUGGGGCAGUAUGUGCUUGAAUUGGCCAUGUGUGAGUUUCUUUUGCAGAGGUAUCCCAGGGAGUCUCCUGGGCCGAUGAGGGAGAGGGUUUAUGGGUUGAUUGGGAAGAAGAAUAUGGCUAAGUGGAUUAAAGCUGCUAGCUUGCACAACUUGGUUUUCCCUUACGAUGAUAUUGAUAAGUUGAAGAGGAAUGAAAGAGAGCAGCCGGUCAAGUCAGUGUUCUGGGCUUUGUUUGGGGCAAUUUAUUUGUGUUUUGGGAUGCCAGAGGUGUACCGUGUUCUUUUUGAAGUGUUUGGGAUGGAUCUUGAAGCGGAGGAUUGCCAGCCAAAGUUAAGAAGACAACUUGAAGAUGUUGAUUAUGUUUCUGUUGAAUUUGAAGGAAACAAGCUGAGUUGGCAAGAUGUGGCAGCUUAUAAGCCUCCAGCAGAUGCACUGUUUGCACAUCCGAGGCUUUUCAGGGCGUGUGUUCCACCUGGUAUGCACAGGUUCAGAGGUAACUUAUGGGAUUACGAAAGCAGACCCCACGUUAUGCGCACCCUUGGAUAUCCCUUGAAGAUGACAGAUAGAAUUCCGGAUAUUACUGAAGCAAGGAACAUUGAACUCGGGCUUGGAUUGCAGCUUUGUUUCCUGCAUCCAUCAAAAUACAAGUUUGAACAUCCUCGAUUUUGCUACGAGAGAUUAGAGUAUGUCGGCCAAAAGAUUCAGGACAUUGUUAUGGCGGAGAGGCUGUUAAUGAAGCAUCUAGACGCUCCAGGGAAGUUCUUGGCAGAUAGGCACAGGAGGAUUCUGAUGAACAAGUUCUGUGGGAGGUAUUUAAGGGAGAAACGGCUGCACCAGUUCAUGGUCUAUGCCGAGCAGGUCCAAGACAGAUACGAGCAUAACCGGAGGAUGAAGAACCCAACCACCACCUCGGUUCAACAAGCUCUCCAUGGGCUGUCAUACACCGUGUAUGGGAAACCAGACGUCAGGCGCCUCAUGUUUGAAGUCUUUGAUUUUGAGCAAAUUCAACCAAAACCUGUGGGAUGAUUUUUCUUUACUCAAUUGUUUGUAUAUGGGUGUAGCAACCCAUUUCCCGCAUCUGGAUGUAGAGGCUUUAGAGUUUUUUGACAGUGAAAUUGGAAUAUAUAUAGUCUGCUUUGACAACCAGGUUUAUGUAAAUACGAUAGGCAGAGCACACUGCGCAUUUGUUGUAUGCAAGUGUGUCAAUUUCGAAUAAGUGUUUGAUUUCCUC